UGGACAGCACCAUGAGAUUGGAGGAGUUCACUUUAUGUCUGCUUCGUUGUGAAGACUUACCGAAAGAAUUUCGGAUUCUCUCCUGUGCACUUACUUUAAUGUGAAAUGGGGUAAAGAGAAAUUUGAUGGUGUGGAGCUGAACACGGAUGAGCCUCCAAUGGUCUUCAAGGCUCAGCUGUUUGCCCUGACCGGAGUUCAGCCUGCUCGACAGAAAGUCAUGCUUAAAGGAGGAACCCUGAAGGAUGAUGACUGGGGGAACAUAAAAAUAAAAAAUGGAAUGACCUUAUUAAUGAUGGGCUCUGCAGAUGCGCUCCCGGAAGAGCCCAUUGCUCGGCCCGUCUUUGUGGAGGACAUGACAGAGGAGCAGCUGGCUUCUGCUAUGGAGUUACCAUGUGGAUUGACAAACCUUGGCAACACUUGCUACAUGAAUGCUACGGUUCAGUGUAUCCGCUCAGUGCCAGAAGUGAAAGAGGCCCUUAAAAGGUAUGGUGGUGCCUUAAGAGCUUCAGGAGAAAUGGCCUCUGCUCAGUAUAUUACUGCAGCUCUUAGAGACUUGUUUGAUUCCAUGGAUAAAACUUCCUCCAGUAUCCCACCUAUCAUUCUCCUGCAGUUUUUACAUAUGGCCUUCCCACAGUUUGCAGAGAAAGGUGAUCAAGGACAAUACCUCCAACAGGAUGCUAAUGAGUGCUGGGUGCAGAUGAUGAGGGUAUUACAGCAGAAGCUGGAAGGCAUAGAGGGUGAUACAGUGAUGGAGACAGACUCUGGAACUACAGCAACAGCUUCUAAAAAGAAGAGUUUAAUUGAUCAGUUCUUCAGCAUUGAAUUUGAAACUGCCAUGAAAUGUACAGAAGCUGAAGAAGAAGAGGUAACUAAAGGAAAGGAGAAUCAGCUUCAGCUCAGCUGCUUUAUUAAUCAAGAAGUGAAAUAUCUGUUUACAGGACUAAAACUGCGUCUUCAAGAGGAAAUCACCAAACUCUCUCCGACUUUGCAGAGAAAUGCACUCUAUAUCAAAUCUUCUAAAAUUAGUCGCUUGCCAGCGUACCUGACCAUUCAGAUGGUUAGAUUUUUUUACAAAGAGAAAGAGUCUGUGAAUGCCAAAGUUCUUAAGGAUGUGAAAUUUCCUCUUAUGCUGGAUGUGUAUGAGCUGUGUACGCCAGAUCUUCAGGAAAAAAUGGUUUCCUACCGAUCAAAAUUCAAAGAUCUUGAAGACAAAAAAGUAAAUCAACAGCCAAAGAAUUUGAAUAAAAGUGAUGGUGCACAGAAAGAAGUUAAAUAUGAGCCCUUUUCUUUUCCUGAUGAUAUUGGUUCUAAUAACUGUGGCUAUUACGACCUGCAGGCAGUACUAACGCAUCAGGGCAGAUCAAGUUCCUCUGGGCAUUACGUGUCCUGGGUUAAAAGGAAACAAGAUGAGUGGAUUAAGUUUGAUGAUGACAAAGUCAGCAUUGUUACACCUGAAGACAUUCUGAGGUUAUCUGGGGGAGGAGACUGGCAUAUAGCCUACGUUCUACUCUACGGGCCACGCAGAAUUGAAGUAAUUGAAGACGAAGCUGAACAGUAGCCUCCGGUUCUGAUCAUUCUGCCUAGGUGUGAAAUAAAUGUUGAUUACUGAUCACUUCUUUAACCCCAGAGCUUUAGCAGGUGGAUACAUAAUUUGUUCAGACCUUUUCGUUUGAAGAGGGACGUUGUUUAAAAACUGAUCCAUGUACCAAUUAGUCACUACGAGACUGGGCUGCCCACGGUGGUAGUGACAAUACUUAAAAUAGCUUUAAUGUCUUGCAGAAGAUAAUUUUUUUUUUUUAAACAAGCCUCUUUUCCCCCAUUCCUCUCUAAUGUCAUCAAGUAUUUAUUACACACCUACUCUCACAUUUGUUACUCUUGCAUGGUUCGUACCACAGUGCAGUGGCUGUCCAUCCUCUGCCUCCUGCAGUGCUGCUGUCGGGCAGGUAGAAGACAAACUGUCUUCUCCUUGUGUAACUCAGUGCUGCUGCCCAUAGCCAACAGCCGUGGCUACAAUCAAGGGUUCUGCCCAGCCUGACCUGCUGAUCAGUCUGCGCUGUUGCUGGCAUUUCAUGACUUUACAAUAAAUUGUGAUCAACACUGUGUCUCCAUUAAAAAAAGAAAUUGGUGGCUUGA